UGAGAGCAACUCUCAGAGCAACUAACAAUGCGGCUUGGUUUGACCCUGUUAGCAGCUCUUCAUAUAAAUAAAAUACCAUACAGAUUCAGAGGGAAAUAUCGUAAAGUUAAAAAACCGUCAAUGCAUGAUUUACUUAAGAUGAAGAAAGAUUUCGAGAGGGAAGAACAAAACAUGUUGAUUCUUCGGCAUCCUUAUCUCACACGUGAACAAAGUCAUGGCUACAUGAAGGACAUGUAUGCCGGAAGCAAAACGUACGAGUUUUUCCAGACGAAGAUGGCAGAAAAUCGUCAGAAGUUCCAGAAAGAAAUUACUAUCGCUGAACGCCUGUGCCACAUGAGAGUUACAGAAGCGUGGGAUUGAAAUCUUUCUACAGAUUGUGUAAUUAUGUUUCAUAAAUUGUUUUAGGUUUAAAUUAAAUGAAUACUGA